AAUAAUUAAACCAAUUAAGCAAUUUCUAUUAAAUUAGUGAUUGUUGGUGAUGGUAGUGUUGGAAAAACAUGUAUUUUGAUUAGGUAAAUAUAAUAACAUUAAUAAUAGAUAUACAUAAGAUAAAUUUCCAACAGAUUAUGUACCAACUGUAUUUGAGAAUUAUUGUACAUAAAUUGCGUAUGAGAACAAAAUGGUAAAUCUUAAUUUAUGGUAUUUAAAAAUCAUUAUUACUAAAAAAGGGAUACAGCUGGAUAAGAAGAAUAUAAAUAAUUGAGAUGUAUUAGUUAUCCAUAAAGUGAUGUCUUUGUAAUUACAUUUUCUGUAGAUGAACCAAGUUCAUUUUAAAAUGCAGUUAAAAAAGUAAUCUAAUUAUAAAUAAUAACAUAGUGGUAUCCUGAAUUAUAAGCUGAUUAACCAAAUGUUCCUAUUAUUUUUGUUGGAAAUAAAAUUGAUAUUAGACCUAUGGAAAAUGCUGAUGAGAAUAAAUUUGUUACUUUCAAUAUAGCAUAAAAGGUUGUAUCAGAUUUAGGAUGUAAAUAUAUUGAAUGCAGUGCACUUAAUGGAACUAAUUUAAAAUAAAUUUUCUAAGAAGGAAUUAAAUAAGCCAUAAAAAAGAAAUUCCCACCUUAAUAAUCUCAAACUUCAGUACCAGUAAAGAAUUAAACUGGAACUCAAAGAAAGAAUAAUUCUAAUGAAAAUGAUGAUGCAAGUGGUAAAUGCUCAAUUCAAUGAUUUAAUCAAAU